CAUUGGAUACCAAAAAUCAACCAUACAUUUCUAUCGCAUCACAUCCCUUGCAUGCUAAUUAAUUUACGUGUUAAUAGUCAACAACAACAACAGCAACAUCAACAGCAUCAUCACCCUAUCUUUAUCAAUAGUAUGUAUGGAUUGCAAGUCAUUGAAAUGAACCAAUGGUCGACAUCAUCUACACAAUUAUUGCAGCAGCAUGUUUUGUUGUUUCUCUACGCUGAUAAACAUUUACUUUCUUCGAGUCAAUUAAACGGCGUACUAGAAUUCCAUCAACAGCUAAAGAAGAACAAGAAAAAGCAACAAAAGAAGAAUCACAAGCUACUGAAGCAUAAGGAAAUAUCGUUACCGAGUCUGCCACAUGAAAAGCCCCUGAUUGCCACCCAUAAUAACAAUAACGGCUCUCAGCAAAAAAAGGCGCCAAUUCUUUACCGCUCUCAUAAAGUUAUUGCUGAAGUUGUAGAUCAGAUAUUAUUAACAAAGCCAGCCGAAGGAGGCAGUAAUGCUGAAAGAAAUAGUAUGAUUAUCUUUUUGACUGUUUUCCGCAAGUUCAUGCGGCCUAUUGAUUUAGUAUCUAUUCUUGUGCAAAGAUUUGAAAUGGAUCUUAAUCAACUCCAACAGUACAACAACAGUAACAGCCAAGCAACAGCUGCAAAAUUUGGCUUACUUAUACCGAGCUAUCGCCAGGAAAAGAUCAGUAGCAUCUUCAGUUACUGGUUAUCUCAUUAUUGGAACGAUUUCAAAAGUCCUGUAACGCGUCGUUUAUUAUCCGACUUUUUGAUACGAAUCUCAAAAUUCAAACAUUUUCAGUCGAUGCACCAGAAAGUAUCUGUCUUAUUUACGUCAAGAGAGGCACCAGCGCUGGAUAUUGAUGCUUUGUGGGGUGUCGCCUCACCAUCUCAAAGACAAGAAGAGGAGGAUAUUCUGUUUCAAAGAAAGAAGGAGGAUGCAAAAAAGGACAGUGGCUAUUUCAGUGGAACUACAAUGUCAUCGCAGACAGCACCAUCUACUGUUGCUGCAACAACUAUGACAGCGGGGUCGGAAGAGGAUAAUCAUCAAUGGCUUUUGAACGAACCUUCUCUGUUGUCACCUACUCCUUCCAUCAGUAAGAGUACCUGCAGUGUGAUGAGUAAACGAUCCGGUAUAGCACUCUCCUCUUCGACUUUGUCUGUUCUGAAAAGCAAUUUUGACAGUAGCAGCAAUAGUAACGAUGAAGACGAUGGAGAGGAAGAAGAAGAGGAUUACCCAAAGACACCUACGUCUCCUACUUCGUUCAGUUCUUUUUUCUCCUUAAAACCGUCUGUCAGUACCUUAUUGAAGCGAAGCAAUUCCUCGAAACUCACUCAACUCAACAAUAGCAGUAGCAAUGGCUUGAAUACACCUUAUAAGAAUGAUAAAUCAAGAAGAAGGUCUCUUUAUUUCUUUCAAAGCAGCAGUAGCAUUCAUAACACCCUAACGUCUACAGCAACAACUAACUCAACUUCCCUUGAUCACAACAGCAUUGAUCUUGCUGAAGCAGAAGCUGCUAAAAAGAGGACAAGAAGAAAGUCAACACCCAUCGUUCCUUUAUUCUUACAAAAAUAUCACUCAGUCUCCUCAUCCACUAUUUUUACAGCCCUGAGCAACGACAACAGCAAUAGUCUCAGGCAGCAGCAAAAACGACAGCAUCAGCAACAACAACAAGCAGAACUGAAUCGCUUGGCUAUUUUCGCAGGUGGAGUUCGAUUGUUCGAUGAUACUACUACUGCUAGCAUGUCGCACUCUUCUUCUUUCAAUGAUCAACAACUAUCUUCAUUAUUACCAUCACCUUCUAGAACAACCUCUAUCAUUCUAGAGGAUAUCGUUUUCUUUAUUACAUUGAUACAACCCAGCAAAAUAGCCGAACAGUUGACAUGGAUUGAAAUGAAGUUAUUCCAACAAAUACAACCGCGUGAUUUCCUUCGACGAUUAUGGAUUAAGCAUUCUUACUUAGUUCAACAGCAGCAAUUAACUCAUCGGAGCGAAGAUAAAGGAAAUGCUAAUAGCGAGAAUAGUGCCAACAACAACAAUAACAACAGUAAUAGUACUUUACUGAAUAAUCCUUUAUACGCUUCAAUUGAACAUUUCAAUUUCAUGUCCGGCUGGAUAGCUACUAUCAUCUUGAAAAUAACAGAAUUGGACCAACGCGUGCUUGUGUUUGAACAAUGUAUGAAGAUUGCCUUGGAACUCAAGCAACUCAAAAAUUAUAAUACAUUGAUGGCCGUGUUAGCAGGUAUGAAUAAUGCUGCCAUUUCUCGAUUAAGGCAAACGCGCGCCUUACUUCAACGCAAAAAUAGGCCUUUGUACGAUCAGUUUUUGGAACUGGAGACGUUGAUGAGUUCAGAAAAAUCAUUUUCGAAUUAUAGGACUGCUCUAAGAAACCAUGAUACUGAUGUCAUACCCGGAAUACCUUACUUAGGAAUCCACCAACAAGAUUUGAUAUCCCUGGACGAAGCCAAUAAAGAUUUCCUUCAAGAUGGAAAAGUGCACUGGAAGAAGUUUUCUCUAAUAGGCGAAUCUAUACUUGAAGUAUUACGAUUUCAACAACAACAACAACAGAAUGGCUUUUUAUACAGCAUAAUACCGGAUCCUAAGAUCAUUUCUUUUAUUGGUCAGUCCAAGAUUUUUACGGAAGAUGAACAGUAUGAAAAAUCCAUCACGAUCGAGCCUAGAAUUUCUUCUUUAAAACCAUCACCCUCUAUUUCGUCAUCAACGAGGACUAGUAGAAGUAGUAGCAACAACAUGUCUACAGCCGCAACAGCGACACAACAGACAACAACAACAACUACUACGGCUUCUACGUCAACUCCUACUGCUAUCAAUAUUAACACGACAACGUUUAUAUAAAAUGGAAAAUGUCUUCCACUUUUUCAUCAUUUAAAUGGGAAUCUGGAGC